AUUAGGUAAAGAAGCAGUACAAACACCGACAAUCUCAGUGCUCGCCGUCCCGUCCAUACAAGUUCCUCCUUGUUGUUAUCACUUCCUCACUGAGUUUACCUCGCCCACGUUAUCCGUGUUUUCCGAUCUUUAUUCACAUUAUUUGUAUCUUUACUCGCUACAAUGGCUGAAGAGCAGCAGCAAAAUUCCCAAGGCCAGGAAGACUUUAAGCAAGAGGACAACGCGCCAAUUAAUGUCAAGGUCGUGAGCUCAACUGGGGACGAGGUUUUCUUCAAAAUCAAGCGCAACACCAAGUUGAGCAAGCUCCAAGGCGCUUAUGCUACUAAAGUCGGCAAGGAUGUGGGCAGCAUUCGAUUUUUGUACGACGGAUCGAGAAUCAAUGACGAUGACACGCCUGCAAGCCUCGACAUGGAGGACAACGAUACGAUCGAUGUGAUGGUAGAACGUGCGCACUCUUCCAGUUUCUUCAUUGCUUUCCUAAUUUUUGGUCUCAUUAUCCUCUUUUUGGAUAUGCAGAGGUUGGCGGUUCAUCUCCUGCAUAUUUGUACAGUCGUCGCCCAUAAUUGUAACACUACCGUUUAUUCGAUUUCCUUGCCAAUCUCACGAACAUUCAUAUGCAUCGGCCGGUGCCUUUUGGAUAAAGUAUCACUUUGCGCUUGGUUCUGGCGAGUAAUGCGUUCAUCUUUUCUCAAGAAUACAUUCCCUCGUCACCCGCUCAGCGCCCUGUUGUUGAGUGCAGUGAUACAUGUCUGCAGGCGCUGCAGAAUCUUUUCCAAUGCUGUAUUCCUGAAACAUUAAUUUUACUUAUCUGCCUGACAGCACACUUCUUGAUUCCGUUCACCACGGGAUCAUCAGCCCUCGGCACGGAUCACAACCUUGGAUGUUGGCAUCGAAGUGAGGCUUGUGUGCCACUCGUGAAAUUUAAAUAUUGCGUGCUAGCUAUAGUCCAUUCGCACAUUAAUGUCAUUUUCAGGGGGUGUCAGCUAGGUACUUGCGCUGAGUGCCGAGCUUCGCUGAGCUCAGCCUCAAAAAUCAAGUUUGAAAAUCGUUACCCAUUGUCCAAGUAUGCUCUUCAUCAAGUGACGCAGAACAAACCCGCGGCGCCUA